AUGCUGCGCUUUACGCUGCGCGCUCCCACGUUUACGCGUGCGCUCCCUCUACUGAAAAAAUAUCCAGUCUCAACUCACAGAUCUUGUAGAACCCCCAAACCAACCAUGUUCCACAAGCAGGUUUCGAGGCUCUAUAGCACCGGAUCAGUGCAGCUGCUGGCAAAGAUCCUGUCGACGCUUUUGUUGCUGAGACCGCCCGUGAUUACGGCCGAUUUGCCCAAGUUUGAGUCCCAGUAUUACAACUACCAAAAGGAACUCUGGAAGAGAUUGAUGUGGACCUUCCCCAAAUGGUUCUACUUCAGAGAGGGUACUUUGGCCGAGCAAAGAUUCCGUGAAUUGAACAAGAACCCAGUACACAACAAUCCAAACAUGGAAUUCAUUGGUGGAAGACCCAUCAUCAAGCAUCAAAGAGACCUUCGUUUCAAGCAGGUGCUUCGAUUGCCCAAGCCAUACCUGGAGGGCGAGGAAGGUGAGGUUGAGGGCCUGGAGUCUGACAAGCCUGUUGUGCCUAACUCGCGGACCACCCCAGCCGAUGCUUCCAACGACACCACUUCUUUGGAGAGAAAGUUGGCCAGAACGUUGUACUUGGUGAUCAGUGAGGACCAGGGUAAACUGUGGGCCUUCCCCAACUUUUCUUGCGAAAACACCCCGCUACAUAAAGUGGCUGAGGAGGGAUUGUAUGGCCUUGGUGGUACUGAGAUCAACUACUUCAAUGUGUCUCCUACCCCAUGCCAUGUUCAAACGUCUGACAAGGGCAAGGAAUUUUUCAUCAAGCUGCGCAUCUUGUCUGGUUCCUUCGUUGCCCAGAACAAAAACACUACCUUCAAGUGGUUGACUAGCGAGGAGCUCGGGGAGCAUUUGAGCAAGAACUACUACGAAGACAUUAAGCAUUUGAUGAGCGCAGUAUAG